UCACGAACAGACAAAAACUCUGAUGAUUUAGCAGACAUCUCGAACUUUGCUUACUGAAAUCUGUAAGUUUCACAGAAUGAAAAAAAUAGUGAGAAAGGAUAGAGAUCGGUGCUAGGAAGUCAGAAUGCAAUAUUGUACAGUUUCUGGGUCCUACAUAAGCUGGCUCCUUUUAAAGAUAUAUUUUGUGUUCCUAGGAAUAGAUGAUAUAUUUUGGAAUAAGCAGCCUAGGUAAUGUGGAAGAUUGGCUGCUUCCUCUUCUUUGGUUUGUUCUAUCCUUGCUGGAGUAGAAGUACAGGACAAGAAUGCCAACACAGCAAAAAACAAGGAUUUGUUUUUCUUGUCUUUCCCUCGUAGUUGUCUCCUUAUAACUCUUCCUUUUGUUCUUCGUUUGGACCUCCAACUGUGGGAUUGUUGAACAACGUGAUUCUGUUCUUGAUCCUUGAGGUAACUACUUUCCUGAUUCAUCUUUGUUUCAUUUAUUUGACAAAGAUUUGCAGCACAUGUUUCCUUACUCUGCGCACUUCAACAUCUUAAGAAUAAAAAUGAAUGAUGAUUCGAUUCUUUAUAAGUUAUUUUCCGUACAGUAUAGUCUCAGUAACUACAUAUGUGCUAAACUGCUAAUCCAUUAUCCAUCAAUAAUCCUACAUGUGUUUAUACAUAAUAUGCAUCCAAACCUAGAAAUUAGCAGGUUGGUUACUCCAAAUCCAGACAGGAAGUAUAAGCAUGUUCUAGCUUUUAGCUUUCUGCCAUCAUCUGUGCUCCGUUAGUAAGACACCCUCGUGGUCAAUAGCAUGGUUCAGAAUUCAGAUCCCACAAUCUGUGUUUUUGCGAGUCAAUUUGUUUGGGCAUGUUUCAUUUGGAUCUGGAGUAGUUUCCCCUAUAUGUGAGCCUGGUUUUUGUUGCAAACACAAAGCUUCAGAAUUUUCAGCUAGUUCACAUAAAGUUCAUGAUGAUUUGUCGGUUUCAUUCUUUCUUUAUUUCCAUACAGAUUUUCUCUGGAACUUCUAAUUUGUUUGAUUGAUCACAUAAAGAAGUCACAUAUUGCAAUUUAUGUAUCAUUCACGAAUACCAUGAAGCAUACGUAUAAGGUUUACAACACGGAUGUCAUAUUUCGGAUUAAUCCUUUGAAUGGCAGAUCCUGGAUUAGUGACAUUUUCAGUGAUAUAAAAAAGAAUUAUUCAAAAAUAUUAUCAUCCAACUGAAGAUGAACUAAAAGGUGAAUUUGUUAGAUUUAUUAUGAACUCCUAGCAGUGUAGCCCAUGAUGGAUCUUGCUUGCUUUAGUGAUUUAAAUGUGCCGACAUUUUUUAUUUUGAAUUAUGCUCAUACUCUAUUUUAUUUUGCUGAUACUACAAGAUUGUAAAUCUUGUGGACCACAGGAAUUUCAAAUUCAAUCAUGUUAGCUGCAGAGAGCAACUCAGGGUAUAAUAGGCAUUCUCGCAAUGAUUCUUCCAUAAAGCAAAAAAGUGGCUAUGAACCUUCAGACACAGAGACCGAAUGGCAUGAAAGCCCUUGGAACGAUGGAGUAUUGACAUCUGAGAGGACUCAUCCUCCUAAAGAUCCUGGUAGGAAUGGCCAAGUUGGUAUUAGGAGGCCAAACAUAUCUCCUAACCGCACAAGAGGUUACCAUGUUGAGAAAACUUCAAACUUGAGGUACAGUCGUACACCUCCCAGAGUAACAGAACAAAAGCGCCAACCGUCUCCAUACAUGGUUGGAAAGAAUGAAUCACGUAAGAAGAACAGCCGGAUGCCUCCCAGAUUUCGUUCUUCUAUGGAAAGCUUUAGUAAAUCAUCAAUCAAGGCGAGGUUUUCACGCAACCGAUCAAUUUCUGCACCGAAACUACGGCCACAAGAGAAGGAACAUCUUUCUAGAGCUCCUGCAUUUCCUGGCACUAAUCCUGUCUCAGCACGUCCAGAAAGAGAAGCUGCUGAUAAUAUAGAAGAAGAUUCGCAUGCAGAAAAUUGUUCCCAGGAGAUCAGUGAGUUGAUUGGAAAUGGCAAGGUGUCUAAUUCCAGAUAUAAUGAGUAUGCAUUUACAAGCACAGAAUCAAUACCUACAGGUGACAUCUUCUUCUCCCGUGAUUGCAGGGCGCCACUAGAGAAAACUUCAACAAAGCACAAUAAUAUCGACGAAUCACUUACCAUGCCUUCAAAUGCCCAUGCUGAUAACGAUGGAGGCGCUACUCAAGAUAACAAUAGUAAUUUAGGCCAGUUGUCACAGUUUGUUUCAGCCCGGACAGGUCUAUCACGUACAACUACAAAAUCCAGUUAUGCUACAGGCCGCUAUUCCCAAAUAAGCAGCACCACCACUUUGAGGAGCCCGUAUAAUGGUGGUAGAUUAAGUGGAGAGAGUGGAAAGUUUAGUGAUUUUACCGGGAAACUGGUCGGAGGUGUCAUGAAAUUCACAUCCAGCAAAGUGCAAAAUGAUGCUUGGCUUCCAUGUGUGACUGGCAAGGCAUGCCGGAAAUCAAGAAAACCAAGUAAUAAAAUGAAUGAGGAAUCUGAAUCAAGUUUCAUUCAGAAGGCACUCGUUGUUGAGAAGAUUAGACUUUUGUGGGCUGAUAAAUAUCGUCCACGAAAUUUAAAUGGAUUUACUUGCCACAAAGAGCAAGUUCAUCAGCUUAAACAAUUGAUCUCCGCGGAGAUUUACCCACAUAUAAUUUUCAAAGGACCUCCAGGAUCAGGAAAGAGGUCUUUGUGCCGAGCUGUCCUCACUGAGAUAUUUGGUGAUUCCUCUCUGAAUGUUUCUCACUAUUUGAAGAGUUGCAAUGGGCAGGGAUCUGCAUCUGUGCCCAUUCUUGUGCCAGUGUCAUCAAGCAAUCACCAUGUGGAACUCAACAUGAGGUCUCAAUCAAAGAAUGCUAGAUAUGCUUUGAUGACUCUUGCGAAUGAAAUGUCAGAUAAGCGUAAAAUCACUGAACCAGUUGUGAGAAAAAACUUUAAAGUAAUUGUUCUCUAUGAUGUUGAUAAAGUCAGCGAGAAUAAUCAGCGUUUGAUAAAAUGGAUACUUGAUUCCUCCUCUGAUGCAUGCAAGAUAAUAAUGACUUGCCAGGAUGAAUCAAAUCUCGUAGAUUCUAUAAAGAGUCGUUGCAAGCUUAUUACAAUUGGUGUUCCCAGUACACGUGAGAUUGUGGAUAUCCUCACUUAUAUAUCAAAAAGAGAGAGUUUUGAUCUUCCUGCAACUUUUGCUACUACUAUUGCAAGUCAAUCCAGGCAGAACUUGAGGGAGGCUAUAUUAGCUUUGGAGGCAUGUAAAACCAACAAUUACCCAUUCAUUGAUGGACAAGCUAUACCACUAGGAUGGGAGGAGGUCCUGGAGGAACUUUCGACAGAAAUUUUGGAUGAUCCUGAUCCCAAAAGGUUAUUCUUGGCACGAGGCAAGCUCCAAAAGCUCCUGGUGGAAUUUGUACCUCCUAAACUAAUACUCCAGAAGCUUGUAGAACUCUUCCUGAAGGGGAUUCAGACUAGUGUGAAGAGGGAGGUCUACUAUUGGCAUGCCUACUAUGAUAAGCGGUUGCCAGUCGGUGCAAGUGCUCUGCUGAAACUGGAAGAGUUUGUUGCCAAGUUCAUGAGCAUCCACCGCAAGAGCUUGUCAGUCGGCUCACAAUGAGCCCAAGAUUCCUGAGAUGGCGGGGUGGAAUCGGCAGAACAAUCAACGCGGCCGUGACUGCAUGCCGUUCAUGUUGAUAAUCAUGUGUGCUAUCGCUUAUUACUGGUCAUGAACUUUUUUUUUUUGAAAGUUAAUGGUCAUCGACUCGUGGUAGAUCCUUUUCUCGUUCCAUGGUAGUACUCCCUGUUUGCAUCGUGCAGUUGGUAUAGUUACAUUCCUGUUUUAGACUAUAAAUAUGUACAGUGAAUAAGUGCCUGUACCUUCUGUAUGGGCAAUGCUUGCUGCAAACAUAUGGAAGCAGACAUAUACAGUAUUAAUUUGUUACUCCCUCGGUCCCAAAAUAAAUACAAUUCUAUGGUUCAAAAUUU